AUCAAGUAUCGAGCAGCGGAGUUGCAAAUAAAUUUUGCAUGCCAAGAGUAUAUCAAAGCAUUCAUGAUAAUUACUAAUUGGAAUUUUCUUUUUCCUUUUAAUGGGUGGUUUAAUGGCUAUCUGGGUUUUGCUGAGUUUGGACUCAUCCUGCUCUUCAAGUGGCCUGAAGCCUUUUAAAUUUUCACAAAUUCACAUGGGAAAUGCCUUGGCAUCUCUCCUGAUCCGUGAACUUUACGUAACAUGAGGUGCCUUAAGCUGAAUUGGCUGCCUUUUCUACGGAUGCUCAACACCAUUUGCAAUUUUUAAUUAAUAUUAGGUUAAAUUACACAAUACUCCAUUUGAUUUUUUUUAAUAUUUACUGUUUAUUUUAUAAUAACUACAUAUACUUCUCAAUUAUAAAUUUAAAUUUUGUUGUAAAAAAAAAAAAAAAAAAAGGUAUUAUGCCUUUUUAAUUAUCAAAAAUACCCUUGACCCGUAAAUUAUCUGGUUUAAUAUUUUUUUUAUUUUUUUUAUUUAUAAUAUUCAUACUUUUUGCAGCAAACUUAAAAUAUCAAAGAAAUAUAUACAACUAUUAAAAUAAAAAUAGAACAUAUAUGUGAAAAAGAAGAGUACCAAUUAAUUUACUUUUAAUAUCAAUUGUUUGACUUUGACUACAAUCUGAUAUUAUAAAGGGACUCCUUUCUUUAAACACCUAACCCCAUUUAGGAUGGCGAUCUUCUUUUGUUUUCCUUCGAAAUAUUGGAGUUUUAACUAAAUUAAUUUAAGUCAAAAGUUUCCAACUAUUUUUAUUUCGACAGUUUUCAGUCUAAUACAGGUCCAAUUCCAAACCCUCUCGUUCCACUUUCUGCAGAUCAGAGAAGAUACUAAAAAGAAACAAAACCACCCUCUUCUCUAACCCAUUUGUCCAUUUGUCCCAUUUCUUUUCCUUAAUUUUACCUCCCCAAAAAAAAAGAAAAAAAGAAAAAUGCAGUUUUUACAAUUAUUCUUCAAGACCCAGCAUUCUGCUAGUUUCAAAAGCGUCCUUAUAAUCACAUCCUCUGCUUGUAUGCUCUGUUUUCUGGUUUCAAUGUUUUUUCUACAUUCUCCAAAGCUUGUUCAUACAUAUACUUCGAUGCAAGAUCAUUUUUACGAACCAACGUCCCUGCAUCAUAUUGUAUUUGGAAUUGCUUCCGACAAGAAUUCAUGGCCAAAGAGGAAAGAUUACGUCAGGCUCUGGUGGAAACCAACCCAGAUGAGAGGCUGCGUAUUCCUUGAACAGAGCCUCCCACCAGAACAACAAAAUGAAGAUAAAGAUACUUCUCUUCCUCCUGUAUGCAUAUCGGAAGACACUUCCCGCUUCCGUUAUACAUACAAGUGGGGUUACCGGUCGGCAAUCCGGAUUGCACGUGUUGUUUCCGAGACAGUGCAGCUCAAUCAUUCCAAUGUAAGAUGGUAUGUGUUUGGGGAAGACGACACGGUUUUCUUCUCAGAGAAUCUGGUAAAGACUCUUUCCAAGUAUGAUCAUGAACUCUGGUACUACAUUGGGACAAAUUCAGAGAUCUAUGAACAGAAUAGAGUAUUCGGGUUCGAUAUGGCUUUUUGGGGGGCAGGUUUUGCUAUAAGUUCCUCUCUCGCUAAAGUUUUGGCCAAAUUUUUUGAUUCUUGCAUGGAGAGAUACCCACAUCUCUAUGGAAGUGAUUCAAGGAUUUUUUCUUGCUUGACUGAGCUCGGUGUGGGAUUGACCCAUGAGCCCGGUUUCCAUCAGAUCGAUCUUCGUGGUGAUAUGUUUGGUCUAUUGACAUCACAUCCAGUAACACCAUUGGUAUCUCUGCAUCAAUUCGAUGACAUAGAUCCUAUAUUCCCCAACAUGACCACUGCUAAAGCUCUGCAGCAUUUGUUCGAAGCUGCGGAGUUAGAUUCUCAGAGGAUUUUGCAACAAACAGUCUGCUACGACAGAUGGUAUUCAUGGACUAUUUCAAUAUCAUGGGGUUAUGCUGUUCAGAUUUUCGGAAACCAUGUGUUUCUGCCUGACGUCCUUCGUGUACCGGUGACAUUCCAGCAGAGGAAGAAGGAAGUCACUUUAGCUGGAGUUUAUAGUUUUAACACCAGAGAACUCCACCCUGAUCCAUGUCGACGACCCGCCAUUUUCUUCUUCCGCACUGUAUCUUCCGGCAGGGAUGGAAUCGAGACGGUUUACGAGAAAUCUUUCGACAAUUGUAGUUACGACGCCUCUUCACUGAAGAAGCUAAAGGAGAUCAGAGUGUUGUCACAUAAGCUAGAACUUGAUCUGAAGCAGUUGCGGGCUCCAAGAAGGCAUUGUUGUGAGGUAUUACCCUCAUCUGCUGGACAAGUAAUGGACAUUGCAAUUAGAGAAUGCAAGGAAGAGGAACUAAUACACAUGCACUAAAUCGUAAUACUAUAUCUAUGUGAAGCUUGAUAUUGGACUAUGCAUUAUCAAUAAUUGUGGGUUUAUACUAAUUGUUAGCGUUAAGUUACUGUCUAUUCCAAAAGCUAUUGCUUAUAGUUAUAGCAAAUGAACCCAACAAUGUAUAUAAAGCUAACAUAUAUUUUAACAAUUAGUCCAUGCCCAUAUUAGUUGAGGAUGCAGAAUUUUUGAUAGCCAGUUGGUCGAGGUGCACAAAAAUAUUGAGUUGCUUUCCAGGUUGGAGAAAUUGAAAGGUAUACUUCAGAAAUCUAAGCCUAACAAGAAGCAAUUUGUAGGGUUCUGAGAGAUUGAAAGAUGGAAGACAUGGAGGACACGUUUUGAGGUUUCUUUAGCAAGAGUUGCAAUGUAACUUUCAUGGGAAUGUUGAGUAACGUUAAUGCUGAAUAUGAAGAACCUUGUGAAGUACUUGAAAUUCAAACUCCUUUCCUUUUUUUCC